AUGACAGAACAGUCGCCUGCGCUGCAGCAUACCGAUGAUGAUGAUGCAGACCACAAGCCCACAUCGUGCGCUGAAGCAAAAUCUGUACGCUCCAAUACCAACGACGGCGAGUACACACUUUACCCUUUUUCCACGGACAGUGAUGUAUCCCUCCGCGUCUAUUGCCAUGACAUGGCAUCGGAGAAACCCAAAGAGUUCCUGACCCUACCAUCCGGUCCCGAUGAGAACUAUGCCAUUUUCUUUGGCGAUCGACUGCAACCAUUCGCCAGACGCGGGACCACAAAGUUCAGCAAGCUCAGAAUCCAGUUUCAUACGUCCAGGAUCGAAGUUAUUGGAAAUGACUACACCUUUGCUCAAACCACUGGGCCAAACGAUGUUGCUUACGGGCAUGCAGGCGACUGUUAUACAGCUGCACAGGGAUGUGCGAAGGGAACGUUCAAAGUGGAUCUGAUUGGGACGGGACUUGAGCUAGCACCAGAAGUCCACUGGGCCAUGGGUCCCACCUACCCAGGAUAUCUGACCAUCAACGACAUGUUUAUCUCGGAGGACAGAAAGCCUCUGGCCGAUGUGGUGGAUGGUGUGGUGACUGCCGGCCCGAUGGAGAGAAAAUAUAUCUGA